UCCCUUUCUGUCGGAAAACAUGGCGCUGUGCUUUGUUUGAUUUCACUGGGUAGCUUCGGGUUUCCCCCCCUCCUUCCACCUUUUACUGGGAAACGAACAGAGUUUGUUUUACUCCGGAGAUGCCCAGAUCUUGUGCGUUUCUUCUUAGAAGGAAAUGAGCACCGAAAACGGCAGAUCGAGCAAGCUGACUGCACUGGUGACAAAACUUCAUGAAUCCUUGGAUCAUUCUCCAGAGGAAAAAACUGCUACAUCUCAAGUUGAUGAAAUCUCCAGUGGUAAAAUGGCCUCCAGUGACUCAAACCUCAAUGAGGAAAUAAUGGAACAAGUACAGCCCAGUUGUUCUACUGAAGUUCCAAAGGCCACACCACGCUCAAAAAGGAAGCCUGCAGUUGUAACAAAACAUACAGCUGUAAAUGAGGCCGAAUCUGCAGAUGAAUGUGAGCAAGAUUGUGUCGCUGAUAAUACUAAUGAUGCCACAAUUGAUAUGGAAGAGAUACCAGAAGAUGUCGUUGUGGUGAAGCCAGAACCUGUCAACAAUGAAGGAAAAGAUGAAUUCAAAGGCCCAGAGUUCCGUAACAAAGGAGGGAGCAAAGUCAAGGAAGAGAGUCAGAGGCGGCGUCCUGAUGAGCACCUUGAAGAGAUUAGGUCCUCGAGAGUUAAUUGCACUGCGUGUGGGCAGCAAGUCAAUCAUUUCCAGAGGGACUCUGUGUAUCAGCAUCCUGUGCUCCAAGUUCUUCUCUGUAAAUCCUGUUUCAAGUAUUACAUGAGUGAUGACAUCAGUAAGGAUGAAGAUGGAAUGGACGAACAGUGCAGGUGGUGUGCUGAAGGAGGAAAUCUCCUUUGUUGUGACUAUUGUAGCAAUGCGUUUUGCAAAACAUGUAUUCUACGUAACCUUGGAAGAAAGGAGCUGUCUGGAAUCAUGAAUGACGAUCAUAAGUGGCAUUGCUAUGUGUGCCAACCUGAGCCACUUCAAGACCUUGUUGCAGCUUGUGAGAAGGUUCUGAGAAAUCUGGAAUGUAUGAAAAAGCCAAAGGGAGACCAUGACAAACCGAGACGUGACAGUAUGAAGCACAAACAGGGCAAAGUUAAAAAUUCAGCUCUCAAUGGAAAGGAUGUUAAUUUUGAUGGAUCAGGGACACUAACCUUUUCUUACAAAACAUUAAAGGUUCCAAAAGAACUGGUCAAGAAGACAAAGAAACUGAUUGAGACAACAAAUGGCUUGAACAGCACAUUUGUGCAGUUUAUCCAGCAGGAACCGGUCUACCUUGGUGAUAACGUUGUCCGGCACAGGCAUUUGAAAGCGUUCAGGUCUGUUUUGGCUGACUUGAAAAAGGUCCAUGCGUCUUUAGAGGAAGCGCUAGAUGAAGAGUUUAGAAACCUAGAGGUCUGCAGCAGAGAGGAAAACAGGUCAGCGGUUAAUCCGAAUGUAUCUAACACAGUCCCCAACUCUGAGCAUCUUGACCAGAGUCAAGAUACUCGGGUGGUUCUGGAUGGCACCACAGAUCAGGUUCCAGUAGCGUCAGAAGACAACAUGGAUGAGGAAAACACAGUUCCAGCUGAUGUAGAAAUGGCAGAAGAAGCCGUAUCCUCAGCAGAAAUUCCAGCCAAUGAAUUUGUAGAAAACGAAGCUACUGCGAAUGUUGAUAACGGUGAACCUGACUGUGAAGAUGAUGGAUCAGCAGCAGGUGAAGUCUCUCUUGACAAAGACAUUGUGUCUAUACCUCCAUCUGUUCCUGAGGAACUCUUUGAGAUGGUUGAGAGUCUUUCAGAUUGUGUAAAACAAGAGGGUGAAAAGGACUCUCUUGAUUCUCCAGACAGUACAUCAAGUAAGACCUCACUGUCUGAUGGAAAGUCAACAGAAUCCACUAAGAGGUCUGCAAAGAUGAGUAAAAAACUUGUUGUAAAGCUCACCCCUAUUCCUCUUAAAAUUACCAUCAAGAAAGAUGAAAGCAAGUCCCAGUCGAAAGAAAAAGAUGGUGCUCUGUCACCAGACGAAAGCAGGCGUUCCCCCAGGAUGAAGACCACCCCUCUACGCAAGUCAUGUGAAGGGAGGAGUCAGAGUAGAUCCGAUGGUACAAGAGCAAAUGACGACUGUGACACUUCACAGAUUCCAGUUUCAGCCGGUAUGUCGGACUCUGAUUCGGAUGAAGUCCCCGAAGUCCUCCGGCAGGUAGAAGACAUGGAGGCUGGCUCAGACGAAGAGGAGGCAGAGCCUAACAGCAAGUCUGUGGAUAACGCUGCACGGAAAGAUUCCACUGACCAGCCCUCUGAAAAGACAGUGAAGCGCAAGCUCAUUGCAUCCUCCUCAGAUUCAGAAAGUGGUGUGAAGUCAUCGACAGUAAAGAAACAAGCUGCCAAAAAAAAGAAGGCUCAAGAAUCUGAUUCAUCCAAUCAUGACUCAGAUCUUGAGAAGGAGCUCAAGAGUUUAAGCAAGCUGAAUACUACGAAGAAAUCGUCUAAACGAGGCAAGGACGAAGAUGCGAGCAAGAAGGAGGGGGAUGAGGCCAAGAAGGAAGGUCAAAAAGGUCCGAAGAGAUCAUUUGCGCGUAAACGGAGGUCACAGAAAGGUAAAGAAAAGGUCACAAUGGAUUCGUCCUCCAGUGAGGAAGAGGAGGAGCAGGCAGCAGACUCCGGGGAGGAUAGCAGCGAUCAGCAGAAGAUAAAACCUAUUCUCGAGUCUGUGAUGCCCCACACGGAUGCUUUCCAUCAGUCAUCAGGAGAUGAAGCUCAAGUGAAGGACGAACCCACUCAACUGGUUGAUGAUGACGACGACCCUGAGAAUAGAAUUGCCAAGAAGAUGCUGUUGGCUCAGAUCAAAGCCAAUUACUCAUCAGGGGAUGACAGUUCUUCAGAAGAUGAAGACAGCAAAAAAGACAAAGAUGAAAAAUCUUCAACAAAAGUGAAGACUGAUGACAGUUCUGAGGGUGAAGGAGAAGAGGAAGAGGACUCUGGGUCAGAAGUGGAUGUGAAAAAGGCCGGACGGAGACACCGGUUGCUUCGCAAGAAGCUGACGCUAAGUGAGGGCGAGUCUGACAAUGACAAGCCAACCAAGAGCAGUAAAGAGAUCAAGAGAAGAGGAAGACGGAAAGUGAGCAGUGAUGACUCUGCUGAUUCAGACUUCAAACGGUCUGGUUCUGGGAGUGAGUCAGCACUGAGUGAGGAAGUGAGUGAAGAUGAGGAGGAGGAGGAGGACAAGAGCAACAAGCGGAGAACACGAUCAUCCAAAAAAGCUGAGAAAGAUGGCGAAAGGAGUUACCAGAAAGAGAAGAAGAAAAAGCGGCGGCGGAUUAAGGUUCAAGACGAUUCCUCCAGCAAUAAGAGUGCUGAGGAAGGGGAAGAGGAAGGCGGAGAAGGGGAUGAAAAGGGCACACCAAAGGGCCGCAAGAAGAUCCGUAAGAUCCUGAAAGAUGACAAGCUGCGCUCUGAGACCCAGAAUGCUUUGAAAGAGGAAGAAGAGAGACGUAAACGAAUAGCUGAAAAAGAGCGGCUGAGGGAAAAACUACGAGAGACAAUCGUGGUGGAGGAAUCGUCGCAGAUCACCUGUCCCAUUACUACAAAACUGGUGCUGGAUGAGGAUGAAGAGACCAAAGAGCCACUUGUCCAAGUCCACAGAAACAUGGUGACCAAGCUGAAGCCCCACCAAGUGGAUGGUGUGCAGUUUAUUUGGGAUUGCUGUUGUGAGUCUGUGAAAAAGACUCAGAAGUCAGCUGGCUCUGGCUGUAUCCUUGCACACUGCAUGGGUCUGGGCAAAACCCUUCAGGUGGUGACGUUUCUCCACACUGUGCUUCUGUGUGAGAAACUUGACUUUUCAACAGCUUUGGUGGUGUGUCCCCUUAACACCGUCCUCAACUGGCUAAAUGAGUUUGAGAAGUGGCAAGAGGGCUUGAAAGACGAGGAAAGCUUAGAGGUGACUGAGUUGGCCACAGUGAAAAGGCCUCAAGAGCGAGCAUACGCCCUGCAGCGCUGGCAUGAAGAUGGUGGCAUCAUGAUCAUCGGUUACGAAAUGUACCGCAACCUAACACAAGGCCGGAACAUCAAGAGCAAAAAGCUUAAAGAGACAUUCCAAAAGACCCUCGUCAACCCAGGUCCAGACUUUGUUAUUUGUGAUGAGGGCCAUGUGUUGAAGAAUGAAGCCUCAGCCGUGUCCAAAGCCAUGAAUGCCAUUAAGACCCGGCGAAGAGUGGUACUGACUGGAACUCCGCUUCAGAACAACCUGAUUGAGUACCACUGCAUGGUGAACUUUAUCAAAGAAAACUUGCUGGGCUCUGUGAAAGAGUUUAGGAACCGUUUCAUCAACCCCAUCCAAAAUGGCCAGUGCGCUGACUCCACGCUGGCUGAUGUGCGUCUCAUGAAGAAACGAGCACACAUUCUCUAUGAAAUGCUGGCAGGAUGUGUCCAAAGAAGAGACUACACUGCACUUACCAAGUUCUUGCCACCUAAACAUGAGUAUGUGCUCGCAGUGCGGAUUAUGCCAGUGCAGUGCAAGCUGUACAGAUACUAUCUGGAACACUUUACAGGUGUCGGUUCUGCCUUGGAGGGGGGAAGAGGACGUGCAGGCACAAAGCUUUUCCAGGAUUUCCAGAUGCUCAGCAGAAUCUGGACACAUCCUUGGUGUCUCCAGCUGGACUAUAUCAGUAAAGAAAACAAGGGGUAUUUUGAUGAAGACAGCAUGGAUGAAUUCAUUGCGUCUGAAACAGAGGAGUCCUCAAUGAGUCUGACUUCUGAAGACGAGAAACCCAAAAGGAAGAAGAAACGGGGGAAAGGCAAAGGUGAGAGCUCGGACAAGUCCGACAGUGACGAUGUGGAGGUGAUUAAGGAAUGGAACACGAGCUCCCGUGGAGGAAACCCAGAGGGGAGGAAUAGAGCUGAGCCUGUAGAAGAAGUUCGUCCCAGCAACUCGGCUCCUGGCAGCCCGUCUCCUGACUGGUACAAGGAGUUUGUGAGCGAAUCGGAUGCUGAGGUUCUGGAACACUCCGGAAAAAUGGUGCUUUUGUUUGAAAUUCUGCGAAUGGCAGAAGAUGUGGAAGAUAAAGUUUUGGUGUUCAGUCAGUCACUCAUUUCACUGGACCUCAUUGAGGAUUUCCUGGAGUUAGCUAGCAGAGCCAAAGAUGAGGGGAAAAACUCUCCUUACAAAGGUGAGGGCAAGUGGUUCAGGAACAUUGACUACUACCGAUUAGAUGGUUCGACUAAUGCCUUGACGAGGAAGAAAUGGGCUGAGGAAUUCAAUGACACCAGCAACAUUCGGGGUCGUCUUUUUCUCAUCUCUACAAGAGCUGGCUCUCUAGGGAUCAACCUAGUGGCAGCAAACCGGGUCAUUAUCUUUGAUGCCUCAUGGAAUCCAUCUUAUGACAUUCAGAGCAUUUUCAGGGUUUACCGCUUCGGCCAACUGAAAACGGUGUACGUCUACAGGUUUUUGGCACAGGGAACCAUGGAGGAGAAGAUUUAUGAUAGGCAGGUGACCAAACAGUCCCUGUCGUUCCGUGUGGUGGACCAACAACAGAUUGAGCGCCACUUCACCAUGAACGAACUGACUGAACUCUAUAGUUUUGAGCCAGACCAGCUGGAUGACCCAUCGGAAAAGAAAAGCAAGCGGUCCACACCCAUGUUACCCAAGGACCCUUUCCUGGCCGAGCUACUUCACAGCUUCAAAGAUCAGAUUGUAGGUUACCAUGAGCAUGAUUCCCUACUGGAUCACAAAGAGGAGGAGGCUUUGAGUGAGGAGGACCGUAAGGCUGCCUGGGCCGAGUAUGAGGCAGAGAAAAAGGGUCUCUCCAUGCGUUUCAACCAGCCGUCAUAUCCUUCUGUAGGCAUUGGCUCAAACUACUUCCCCUUCAACGUGGCAGCUCUGGCCUCCAUGUCCAACCAGCAGCUGGAGGAACUGAUCAACCAGGGUCGACAGAAGGUGCUGGAGGCCACCAGCGCUCUGAAGUCUUUGCCCAGGGAGCCUCUUGAGGAUAUUAUUGGGCAGUUGUGGAAGGAGAAUCCCAAUCUGACCGAGACGCAGGUGCAGGGCAUGGCUCUGGCCAGACAGGCAACCUUUGAGAUGGAGAUGAAACACCGAGAAGCCGUGUACCGAGACGUUCUCAAUAAGCAACAGACGCUGAUGAUGUACGUGCAGAAGGUGAUUGCCAAUCGCAAAGUUCAGGAGCAGCAGAUGGCACUUGCUAGGCAGGGACUGCUGAUGAACCAGCUGGCCCUUCAGAAUGGCAUUGCUGGGGGAAUGAGUCAGAUGGAACUGCUGGGUCUGUACCAACAGCUGGGUGCUCUCCAGGGUCUGCCAACCUCCCAGAUCGGCAAGAACCCGGGGCCCUCCAAGGGCCUGUAGAUGCCCUCACUAAAACCAUGCCCCUUUUUUGGCCAGAUCCUGUGUGGGUAUCCCAGAAAUGACCAACUCGGACCCAUUUUUUGCCCCUUUUGAGCCCCCGUGUAGAAAUCUGGGAUGGAUAUCUAGAAGACUUUGGCAGUAUGGUUUGUAAUUCUCUGUAUAUACAGCCUUAGUGUUUAAGUUUUAUUCUUUUUUUUCCCCUCAACAUAUUUAAAAUAUUCUCCCAAAAUGCUCUUAAGCAUUUGCAUUGUUCUUUUCCCCUUAAAUAAGGGCUGUGCAUUAUUUUAUUUUUUUUAUAAAGGUCAAGGAAAAAAAAAGCAAAACUUACAACCUCUGUGGACCAUAGUGUUGCUCAUUACAUAUGUUCUAAGUGAUCUAGAAGAAUUGUAUUAGGUACUGCAUAAUAUCUGUCUACUAGUGGAUGAUCAGUGGUGCUGUGAAAGCCCAGUGCCCAAUACGCAUUGUUCACCUUAAACAAGGGCAGAGAGAUGCAGUGAUGGCCUUACAUCAAUGGUUUGUUGUUUUCAAACACACUGAACAGACUCUUCUUUUCUAUUAUGCUUUUAGGCUUUUACACUUGUUGUUGCUUAACUUGUAAUGGAAUGCCUGUGUUGUUAAAACUGCUUGCCAGAUUCCCUGGAUUUUUGUAUCUUCUAAUUCCUUGUUGUAAAGUGAUGCUUAGCAUAGUGUUGUACUGUUCAUUUGUUUUGUUCCUCUCGUCUUGGCAGGGUCUCGUCUCUGAGAUGACUGGUUGUGCUCCUGUAAUUUAAAGGCAAAUUUUAAUGGUUAGGCUGCAUCUGUCAUGUAAUGCGAACUAACCAUACUAGACUGGCCCUCAGGCUACCGUACUCUACUCUCAGCACAUUUAUAAAUGGCAUAGAUGUUUCUAAAUUGGAUUCUAGUUUGCACAGGGUGCACAUCAGAAAUGUAGAUCAGCUUUUCAUUUUUCUCACGAUGUUCUCAUGUUAGCGAAUAUACCCACUUGUUUUGCCAUUUACCUGAUCUACUAUUUACUAGAAUAAGUAUUUAAUAUUGCAUUUAAAUAAAGUGACCAAAAGGGUGAUUUUGCA